ACAGGUCUGGGCUCGCCAGGGACUUUGCAUCUCGCAGGACGCGCGGCUCGUGGCGUCCUUCAUCCGUGAAUCUCCUGAAGCUCGCUGUCGCUGGAGCCCCGAGACUCUGCCUGUUGCACCAGCUGCGGGCCGCCCGGAGUGUCAGUCUUUUUGAACGCCAGGGGGAAGAGAUCCAGGAUCAGCUUUCUGGGCUGGAGGUGACAGUGACAAACAGCAACUGCUUUGGCUUGUACAACCAGAGAACAGGCAUCUUCUCUUGUUUUGGUCACCAAAUGCCUCUGUACACCUCACAUUCCAGUGAAGGAAGAAGGGAGGAGCUUCUUGGAUGACAAUGGACGUUCUGCUGUGCAGGAUGAGGGCAGUGUGUGUGACAUCGCCACCACGAAGGUGCAGCGUGAUCUUCCACAUCUCCCUUCCCGGCCAGCACUCUGACUUCUGUAUCCAUCAUGGUGUUUGGUGAGUUUUUCCAUCACCCUGGACAAGAUGAGGAACUUGUCAACUUGAAUGUGGGGGGCUUUAAGCAGUCUGUGGACCAGAGCACACUCCUGCGGUUCCCUCACACCAGACUGGGAAAGCUGCUUAUGUGCCACUCUGAAGAGGCCAUCCUGGAGCUGUGUGAUGACUACAGUGUGGCUGAUAAGGAGUACUACUUUGAUCGCAACCCCUCCCUGUUCAGAUAUGUUUUGAACUUUUAUUACACAGGGAAGCUUCAUGUCAUGGAGGAACUGUGUGUGUUCUCCUUCUGUCAGGAGAUUGAGUACUGGGGCAUCAAUGAGCUUUUCAUUGACUCCUGCUGCAGCAGUCGCUACCAGGAGCGCAAGGAGGAGAACCACGAGAAGGACUGGGAGCAGAAAAGCAAUGAUGUGAGCACUGACUCCUCCUUUGAAGAGUCCUCUCUGUUUGAGAAAGAGCUGGAGAAGUUUGAUGAGCUGCGGUUUGGUCAACUCCGGAAGAAAAUCUGGAUUCGGAUGGAAAAUCCAGCAUACUGUCUGUCAGCCAAGCUCAUCGCAAUCUCCUCCUUGAGUGUAGUGCUAGCUUCCAUUGUGGCCAUGUGUGUCCACAGCAUGUCAGAAUUCCAGAAUGAGGAUGGAGAGGUGGAUGACCCUGUGCUAGAGGGUGUGGAGAUUGCCUGUAUUGCUUGGUUCACCGGUGAGUUGGCCAUACGGCUGGUGGCUGCACCGUGUCAAAAGAAGUUCUGGAAGAACCCUCUGAACAUAAUUGACUUCGUUUCUAUUAUUCCCUUCUAUGCCACAUUGGCGGUGGACACCAAAGAAGAAGAGAGUGAGGACAUUGAGAAUAUGGGCAAGGUGGUUCAGAUCCUUCGCCUCAUGAGGAUCUUUCGGAUUCUGAAGCUUGCCCGGCACUCUGUGGGGCUUCGGUCUCUUGGGGCCACGCUGAGGCACAGCUACCAUGAAGUGGGGUUGCUGCUCCUCUUCCUGUCGGUGGGCAUUUCCAUCUUCUCUGUGCUUAUCUACUCUGUGGAGAAAGAUGACCACUCAUCCAGUCUCACCAGUAUCCCCAUCUGCUGGUGGUGGGCCACUAUCAGCAUGACCACUGUGGGCUAUGGCGACACCCACCCCAUCACCUUGGCUGGGAAGAUCAUUGCCAGCACAUGCAUAAUAUGUGGCAUCUUGGUUGUGGCCCUUCCUAUUACCAUCAUCUUUAACAAGUUUUCCAAGUACUACCAGAAGCAGAAGGAUAUGGAUAUGGACCAGUGCAGUGAGGACCCACCAGAGAAGUGUCAUGAGCUACCUUACUUUAACAUUAGAGACAUUUAUGCACAGCAGGUACAUGCCUUCAUUGCCAGUUUAUCUUCUGUUGGCAUCGUGGUUAGUGAUCCUGACUCCACAGAUGCUUCAAGCAUGGAAGACAAUGAGGAUGGUUACCACACUGCAUCAUUGGAGAAUUGCACAGCAAAAUGAGCAGGGACAUUUGCACUUGUGUCCUCUCCUGACAUUAGGUUAACACAGCUUUAUAAACCUCAAUGGGUUUCUUUGGAUAAAAUGUUUAUUUCUCAGGGUGUACCUUUUAGCCAUAGUUGGACAUUCAUUGCUGAAUUCUGAAAUGAUAGAGUUAUCUUUAUUUUUCUCAGUAAGGUAAAUUAAAUGCCUUGUUAUGAAAUUUAUUUUUUACAAGAGAGAAACAGAGAGUUGUGAUAUGAUUUUGGAAAAAAAAGUAAAUGUUAUUGGACAGGAUUUAUUGCUACGGCUUAGGCAUUAUUCUGUAUUUGCCAUUUACUCACAUUGAGCUAACUAUAAAUUACUGACAAGUAGAAUCAGAGGCCCAGCUGACUGAAGACUACAUGCAUGUGACAUUCACAACAUGAAACAAUGCAUGUAAAUCCAUGUUCAUGUUCUAGACAUGGAAAUUAGGAGCCUAAUAAACUUCCUAGUUCAGUAUGGAGAA